AAAAGUCGUUUUUCUUGAGACUGUUUUAAAAACAUAAACAUUAAACACAGGUUUGUAUCGAAUUGUAACCAAGAACUAAUAAUAUGAUUCAGAAAGGGAUUUUAAACUGCGGAAGCGUUCAUUCGACUGCGGCGAUGUAGAACAUGGUAGGAGGCAAAUACCAGUAGACAAGGUCACGUGCUUGUCACUGUAUAUAAAGGUUCGAAGCCACGUUGAUCUGCUGUUGUCGACGUUCGCGAGCAAUGAGAAUACGAAAGAAGACUGUGAUAGCCGUGUUAGGUUUAUGCAUAGCUACAUAUAUCUAUGUUCAUCUUAAUUAUAUGAGUUUUUCGAAUUAUAUGGAUCCGCCAUGGAAUCGCGUUCAAAGGUGUUCGAACUCAAAUCAAGAACUAAGGCAACUAGUUGACCUGGCUUCUGAAGUACAUCGAGUUUUGACAAAGUUAAAUAUCGAUCAUUGGUUGAUGUAUGGAUCAAUCUUUGGUGCAAUGCGGAUGGAAGGUCCUCUYCCUUGGGACAAUGAUGUAGAUAUUGGUUUCUGUGGCGAUUGUUCAAGAUUCGAUUCAUUUGGAACGAUUGAAAAUUUCCUCACGCCAUUCAAGGAAGCUGGAUUAAUAGUCACAAAUAAAUGGACUCAAAGUGGAACUAUCGUGUUUUCACGUCCGAACCAAACGCUGACUGUUGACCUAUUUGCCUUUUACGAACACAAUGGCUGGAAAAAGCGAAGAGGUCUUGAAUCUUGGCUGUUUUUCGUUAAUUACAAUUAUCAUCACACUUUCCCUUCAUGGGUUGUCAAGCCUCCGCUUCCACAAACUAAAUUUGGACAUUCUAGCAUUUCAGUUCCUAAAGGUGAAUUCGAAAUACUGAAACAUCUUUACAAAGACAAUUGGUGGAAAGAAAUGCGACCCAGAGGCUGUUGAGUAAACAUUGACAAAAGGAUGCGUUCUACCAUGCUCAAAAAAACAAUGCGAAAAUUAUCCCAUGUUCGAAAUGCUAGAGGAAUUGGCUAAAAAUGCAAAAAUUCCACAAAGGCAAGAAUAUGGCGACGAUCUCUCGCUUCGGUUGUAAAUCACUUAUGCUAUUCUCACUGAUUGGAUGAUCACAAUUUUCUCAUCGCGCUCUAUUUAUAAGGUUCAAAAGAGUUGUUUAUUCACGGAACAAAAUUAUUUCAUUCCCCUGGGGCCCUGUGUGGGUUUUUAAACCAAGGCAAGGGCAGUUUUGUCAUCCUUUCGCAAUUAACUAGCUAGCGAACGACGGCAAGCAAGUUUUCAGCGACCCUCCCAC